AUGGCAACAGAAUGGAAUCAAUCAACACUCAAACCAAUUGGGAUUUGGCAUUUCUUAGUUUUUAUUUCCAUUGUUCUGUAUGUUGGAUUAACAGUUGAAAGAACUCAAAAUUAUAUUUCACUUAUUGGUAUUAUCACAUUAAUUUUACUUGGCACCAUUGGUUCAAAACAUCCUCAUCUGAUUCGAUGGAAAACAAUAUUUUAUUCAUUUGUUAUUCAAUUCCUCUUAGCUGCUGUUGUUAUACGUCUUAAUGUUGGUUUUCAAUUUUUUGAGUUUCUUGGGAAAGAAGUAUCAAAAUUUAUGCAAAAUGCUGAUAGUGGAGCAGUUUUUGUUUUUGGAAAAACUUAUCAAGAACAUUUUUUCAUAUUUAAAGUAACAUCAAUAAUUAUUUUUCUUGGAUCUGUAAUUAAUGUUCUUUAUUAUUUGGGUGUUAUGCAAUAUAUUAUUGGAAAAAUUGCAUGGUUCAUGCAAAUAUGUUUAAAUACAACAGCAGCUGAAUCGAUGAAUGCAGCUGCAAAUAUAUUUGUUGGAAUGAGUGAAGCACCAUUAAUGAUAAUGCCUUUUGUACAAACGAUGACAACAUCAGAACUUCAUGCUGUAUUAGUCGGUGGUUUUUCAACAAUGGCAGGAUCUAUUCUUGCUACAUUCAUUUUUUUUGGUGUUCCAGCAAAUCAUUUAAUUGCUGCUAGUGUUAUGGCUGCACCGGGUGCACUUGGAUUUGCAAAACUUUUAUUACCAGAAACUCAUCAUUCCAAAACAACAUGGCAAGCAGUAAAGAACACUCCAUUACAAGAACAACAUAAUAUUAUUGAUGCCUUAUUAACUGGAGCAGGAAAUACUUUAAAAAUGUGUGGUUAUUUAAUUGCAAAUUUAAUAGCAUUUAUCAGUAUACUUCAUUUUGCUGAUAUAACUAUUUCAUGGUUUUUUGGUCUUAUACAUCAUCCCGAAAUAAAUUUUCAGUUUUUACUUGGCUUAAUUUUUUAUCCAUUUGCAAUGAUAAUUGGUAUUCCAAUUCGUGAUUGCCUUCUUGCAUCAAAACUUAUUGGAAUAAAAACUAGUUUGAAUGAGUUUAUUGCUUAUCAAGAACUUGGUAAAAUACGUCAAUUACGUAAUGAACUUAUAUUAAAUAAUACAUUUCCAUUAUAUUUAAAUGGUACAUUAACAUUACCAAACGAUACUCCUAUGUUGUGGGAUGAUAUUUCGCCGAUUAUUUUAACUUAUGCUUUAUGUGGAUUUUCUAAUUUUGGUUCGAUGGGUAUUGCAUUAGCAGCACUUGGAGCUUUUGCUCCAGCACGAAAACGUUCUCUCACAAAAAUUGCACCACGUGCUUUGAUUGCUAGUAUUAUGGUUUCGUUAAUGACGGCAUCGAUUGCUGGUAUAAGUCUACUUUAUGAUGCUCGACAUGUGGCAAUGCCAGUAUUAAAUAUGAAUUCUACACUUGUAUAG